AUGACGCGCACGGUGGGAAAUACGACAUCCUACGAGUCCGUGGCCCCAACGAGCAAAAGACCCAAGCGGGUGAAAGAUGUACUGCCCUCCUCGUGCAAGCACUCCUCUCAACCGUUCUGGCUCGAGAGCAAAGAACACAUUCUCGUGGCCCAACUUCAGGUCAGAUUUGAUCCCGACCACGCAUGCGUAAAGCGUGUCCACGCUUUCUUCGAACUGCGAACCGGUAGACAGACUUAUAGACCUGUCAAUAUAGGUUAUCUCCAUGCACAGACGAUCGACAGGCUUCAGACAGGGUAUCACCAGACGGGAAAUACGCUCUUCGUGACCGGAAUGCUUAACAAGCGCUGCACACCCAAGCAGGAAGAUCGGCCUAUGGACCACAGCACCAAAAAGGAGGUCGACGAGACAGAAAUCGUCAUGCAGCACAUUUUCCACCGCGAUGGGACGCCACGGAAAGAGUACGCUCGCUGGAGUCUCGGAAAGAGCGAAAAAUUGCACUUCAUUGACGCGUUCCAGCUCAAGCCUGCCUAUAGAGGCUGCGGUCUCUCCAARAUAGCCAUGCACACCUAUCUUCAAGGAAUCCAGAAAUUGGAGGGUCGUCAUAAAUUUCUCGGACCCGUGAUUCUCUCGCCGGCCGCACUCUGCCAGGACAAAGACUUCUAUGCUAAAAAUCCCUCUCGACCUGCCAAAACGCUGGUCGAGAUAGAGUAUGCACUGAUAGCUUCGUACGAAAGAGCGGGUUUUCAGGAAUGGUCAAAGGGAGACGACAGAGCAGGUGGCUCGGCAAUCACCAUCAUGGGAUUAAGACUUGUUGGGCCAAAGAUUGCGAGGAUAUCAACAGAGCGACUUUCGCCAGAAGAGCUGGCCUCGUCUGAGAUCACCUUCCUCAAUCAAUUGGAGAGGGUCGAUAGCGGGCUAUGA